AUUUCCUACAAUGGCCAACCCCUGGUGAAGGUGGCCUGUGGAGCUGAGUUCAGCAUGGUGGUGGACUGCAAAGGAAACCUUUACUCCUUCGGCUGCCCCGAGUACGGACAGCUGGGUCACAACAGUGAUGGAAAGUUCAUCGCUCGUGCCCAGCGCAUCGAGUUCGACUGUGAGCUCAUCGCCCGCCGUGUCGCCAUCUUCAUCGAGAAGUCCAAGGAUGGCCAGGUCAUGCCUGUGCCUAACGUGGUGAUCCGAGACGUGGCCUGCGGGUCUAACCACACGCUGGUGCUGGACUCUCAGAAGCGGGUGUUCAGCUGGGGGUUCGGUGGUUACGGCCGGCUGGGGCACACAGAGCAGAAGGACGAGAUGGUGCCCCGGCUCGUCAAACUGUUUGACUUCCCUGGACGCGGCGCCGCUCAGAUCUGUAGCGGAUACCAGUGCUCCUUCGCUGUCAGUGAGAUGGGGGGGCUGUUUUUCUGGGGGGUGACAAACACUUCCAGAGAGUCCACCAUGUACCCCAAAGCUGUGCAGGAUCUGUGUGGCUGGAAGAUCCGCAGCCUGUCCUGUGGGAAGAGCAGCAUCAUUAUUGCUGCAGAUGAGAGUACGAUCAGCUGGGGCCCCUCGCCCACAUUUGGAGAACUGGGAUAUGGAGACAACAAACCCAAGUCCUCCACCACCGCUCAGGAGGUGAAGACCUUGGAUGGGGUCUACAUUGAGCAGGUGAUGAUGGGCUACUGUCACUCUCUGGUGAUUGCCAGGCAGGAUACAGAGCAGGAACAGGAGAGACUGAAAAAGCUGCCUGAGUACAACCCCCGAACAAUCUGAUUGGACCUCUAUCAGCAACACCUCAUCCCCCAGAGCAUGGCCCGCCUGUUUGUCUCUGCUGGUGUACAAGUGGGACGGAUGAGUUUGGGGGGGAAAGGAUACCCACACAUCUCAACUACCAGCAAACUGCCUGCACCAAUUCGGACACUGCAUUGAGAGAACACGGGCUGGAGACUGACAGAUUCCCUGGAUAGUCCACCAGCUCCACCUCGAGUCUACCUACAGAAGUUGGCUCAAAGCACUUCACACCUUUGAGUCUUGCUCGCCAAAAACCCUUCUCCAUUUUGUCAAACAGCCAAACGUUCAUGUCUUGUUCUGUUGUUUUCUUUGUUGCAGUAUAUAAAGUUGUCACAUUUACAGGUGCUACACCGCAGGACUCUCAGUCUUUUCCCACUGAGGGCUUUUCAAAGACCAAUUUCCAUUCCUGUGCCUUUUUCUACGCGAUUGUUCAGGAUAUGGAAGUGUUGUUUGUGUUGUUCAGCGGAUCAGUGUACGAGCGGUGUGCUGCUGCCACACAUUACAAUCAGGAUUUGGAGCACUCCAUUAGAUGGUUACAUUCCUUUUGUUAUGGUCAGUGUUUGCAUCAAGAAUGCACCUGUCAGUCUUUCCAAGACCUCUGUCUGCCAGAUCUGUCUUUGCUCAAUUAACUAUUCCAGAAGCAGGACAGGAUCUUUCUCAUGCACAUGUUCAUGUCUUGAGGUGUUCUGGAAACUAAGGCAUGUCUUUGUUUUAAAAACAGCAGAGGUGUUUUCCUCAUACCUGUAAUAAAUACUUUUUUUAUGGUGAAAUGGGUUACUUUGUUUUUUAAUUUGAAUGGUGAAUAAAGAUUCAUGUGAAUGGA